AUGGGAGUCAGUCUCUCCAUGGCCGGACUGUGGCAGCAGCUCAGCUCUCUGAGGCAGGGUCGCGUUAUGGCUCUCCUCAACUUCAUUUAUCUUCUCUACCCAUCCUCAGCUGCUCUUCCCUGGGACAUCAAAGCCAGCCCAUCCCCUCUGCAGGGGUUUGAUGUGGUGAAGGCUAAUUUCUCCUGGACAUACCUCCACAUUGGCUACCAUAAGAUUACUGUGAUUCCUGUAGGAGCACAAAACAUCAACAUAAAGGAGACAGUAAAGAGCCCAAAUUAUCUGGUGAUUCCUGUAGGAGCACAAAACAUCAACAUAAAGGAGACAGUAAAGAGCCCAAAUUAUCUGGCUCUGAGGACCAAAACUGGUGCCUCAAUCAUCAAUGGUAACUGGGUGAUUGACAGGCCCGGGCUCUUCACUGCUGUGGGAACGCAGCUGACAUACAGACGACCCAAUGAAAUCCGCUCUCGUAGUGGAGAGUCCAUCACUGCGCCAGGGCCGCUGACUGAGGACCUGCAUGUUUAUUUGAUCUACCAGCAACCAGGUCCCAGUGUGUACUAUGAAUACAGUGUGCCUUUACACAACACACACCCUACUCCUGAGCCAGAUGCACCUUCUGAUAUUCUGCUCCUGGGCGAAACUGUCAGUCCACCCCACCCAGCUGAGAAGGCGCACCAAAGCAAUAUCACCAACAAUGAUAUCACCAAGGAGACACCCCAUCCUAACCAGGUUCCCCCUUAUCCCGGCAUGGACACUGACCCUCGGCUCACCUACACCUGGAAAAAGAGUGGACACACAGAGUGCAGCAUGACCUGUGGCACUGGCAGGCGUCAGGUGCUCUGGAAGUGUGUUGAGAAGGAUUCCCAGGUGACUGUUCCUCGUGAACUCUGUGACCCUACCAUUAAACCAACAAACCUGGAAGAAGACUGCAACACUCAACCCUGCCCUGCAUAUUGGGAUGUGGGGGAGUGGUCAGAAUGCAGCACGAGAUGUGGACUGGGCACCCAGCACCGCCAGGUCAUCUGCCGCCAGGUCACUCACGUCCACGCCAAUGGGACAGAGACUUCGGUUAUUGUGGUACCAGAGCUGUGUGGGUCAUCUGAUAACCCAGUGACCAAAGCUACCUGUCAGGUGAAGAUUUGCAGCCAGUGGGAGAUUCGAUCUGAGUGGAGCCCGUGUUCAGUGCCAUGUGGGGUGGGUCAGCGCCACAGGGAGGUGGUGUGUGUGAGCAACCAGGGUGAGGUGGAGGAAGAUGAGGAGUGUAACAAGAACCUAAAGCCAGACAUGCUGCAAAACUGUGACAUGGGAGCCUGUGCACGCAGCUGGUUCACCUCCCUCUGGAGCCAGCGGUGCUCUGCAGAGUGUGGUAGGGGCAAUCGAACCCGGACAGCAGUAUGUCUGAUGGAUCAUGUGACUGAUCUCCCAUUGGAUAGCUGUGAAGGGGAACACCCACCAGAAGUGACAUUUUGUGACUCAGGCCCAUGCCAAAACCGACUGGAGUGGUAUACAGGACCUUGGAGUCAGUGCUCUGCAGAGUGUGGGAAUGGUACGCAGACCCGGAGUGUGGCUUGUCUUUUCAACAACAAUGGUCGCAUGGAGGUUGUGGACCAGUUAAAAUGUUCUAGUCUGCCUCAGCCUGUCACAGAUCAGACCUGCAGACUAAAACCAUGUGGUGUCCAGUGGUAUGUUACAGAGUGGAGUGCGUGCUCUCGCUCCUGCAACGGUGGCUACCGUGUGCGAGAGGUGCGUUGUCUCGCCGACAACGUUACCCCAAGUGACCACUGUGACCCCAGUUUGACCCCAGAGAGUCGAGAAGAAUGCAACAAACAACCUUGUGUAGCUGAGAUAAAUCCAUCAUGCAGAGACCAGCAUCAUAACUGUAUGCUUGUGGUUCAAGCCAGACUCUGUAUUUACACCUACUACAGAAGUGUCUGCUGCGCUGCCUGCUCUCGCAUGCAGAAAACAUACUUGAACUCAUUUCAGAAGAACCAGAUCCGCAGGUGAUGCUGCCUUUUGGACACAACCCUGUUUGAAAAAACAACAACAAAACAUCAGGGAAACUGACAGUGAGCUUUGUUCGAAGAGAACCUCGGUGUGUACACAGCACAGUUUAAUAUUCAGUCACUCAGUCUUCAAGAGAGUAUGAACACUGGCAUACAUCUGCCACAGCAUGACCCUACUGUUUAAGUGAAGUGCUGUUUUGUUCAACACCUAACUGGAUCCAAAUAGUCUGAAACUUUAUCUCAUGACAACACAGGCACACACACAAAUACAUUUAUAAGAAUUUUCCUAUGUAUAGGUCUAGAGAGAGUUUCUCGGUGUAACUUUAAACUGUUUACACUUGGUGGUGUAGUUAUACUGCUAUAUUUAUUCUUACAAAAAAAAGCAUAUAAUUCUGGUCCUCAGCUGUUUUUGUUGUUUUAUUGCAGGAGUCUCAGAAAAUACUGAACUGUCUGAUGAUGUUGCUUGGUGUUUCAACCCUCCAUUUUUGGGGUAUUUUAACAUAUUAAAAUGUAAGGAAAUUAUAUCACUACAUUACAUAAAGCCUGAGUAGCAAAUUUGUGUCUAUAUAAAAUUUUGUGGAGUAAUAAGUAUACAUGAGAUAUAGUGCAGGCAUAAAGUGGCAUGAAAAAGUGCCCCUUUAUUCCCACAGUAGUGAAAACAUGAUGUAGAUGUUCAUGCUGCACAUUUCAUCUGUGCACCACUCUACCCUCCCAAAAAAAUCAAUUUAGCUCUGUACAUUCAUUCAAUAUAGUAAUACUAUUGCUUUAAUGAGCCGGGCUUACAGCACGUGAAAGGCCAUAAUUCAAUCAAGAGAAAUUAAAGCACAGAAAGGAACAUUAAAUGAACACCAAUGACAAAUGCACAUUUCAUUCUGUUUCUCAUAAAACAAAAGUAACAUGGGGACUGAGACUUUUUUCAAUAUUCACUUUAUGCUCUCAUUUUUUAGCUACACAUACAUUUUAGCAAUGUCCCUGUGGUGCUGCAGAGUUUCUCUGUGCUUGUGUGUGCAAGGCUUAACUGUUAGAUUUAUGCUAGUAGGCUACUAAGGAUGUGUGAUAGGUGGGUGGGUCUGAGCCUUUGGCAUUAAGGGAUGUAGGGUCCACAUUUACCAGUAAGAUCCAUGUGUCUUGAAUUAGUUGGACACCCUAACCCCUGGAAACAUUCAAGGCUCUCUUUUCAUGCUGAUAAACCUUAUUCCAAUCUAUAAGUUUAUAUAUAUUUUAUAGAUACUGGGCAGGAUUUUUGUAAACAGAAAUAACAGCCACAUAUAUUUUUUUUUUCUUGAUAGCUUUUUUUUUUUUUGCUUUAUCCUUGGCAUUGGGUACCAGACAGUAAAACGUUAACAGCAUUGUUACUAAAGACGCCAACAAUAAGCUCUCUAAAAACAUGAUUGUUAGCUGCCCUCAGCCCUCCUCUACAUCCCACAGCCCUCCCAUUGUCCUCAUAUUGAACAAUCACCAUUUAUACAAGUCAGUUUGGAAAAUACAAUGGCAAGUGAUAUUUUCCUCUAAGAUUUCAUUGUGAACAACAAAAAAUAUACCUCGCUCCCCAUCUGAUUUGUUCAGCUUAUCAAACGCAGUAACUGGUUGGUUUUCUUUGUGGCGUCGUACCAACAUCUGCUGAUUUCAAUAUUGUAGAAGCUUUACAAAGACAUAAAUAUACCAGAAUACAAUACAGUAAAAAUACAAAAUAAAGUUGAUAAAGUUUUUUUUCUUAAAUGUUAAUUUACCAGAGGUAAACCCAGAAAUGGAUCAUUGACACGAGGCAAAAAACACUAGAAUUACCCCCUGAGGUCAAAUGAUAAAAGAAUAGCCACGUCUCAAGUCAGAGCUUAGGUUCCAGAUAACUCACUACUUUCAUGUUAUUCAUAAGUAGUCUAUUAUGUAUGUACAGGACUACAGACAAAAUGUGGGUGUCCUGUGUGAUACAUAGUCAGUGUGUACUGUGCAAGUGCACGAGAUGGGUGUUAUUACUAGACUAGUGAGACAAUAAGCUAAGGAAAACUUGAAGGCACAAUUAUCUGAGGCAGAAUAUACCUCGAGAAUCAAACAGAACAGCUGUGGUGUCAAGGGAUUCAAAAGAGUAAAAGAAAGAAAAAAUACAAUAGUGUACAGCUUCAGGCAGUGAAUCAUGUUAAGGCCAAAUUAUUUAAGAUCGUCCAAUCAGAACGCUGACAGUAAAGAGGAUGUUAGACCUGACAAAUCACACAGAUUUGUACUAAGAUAACAGUUUUUAUACCAGAAUGCUUUUCUAUAUUUUGUCAUAGCCAGGCUCGCUACAUGGAUAUUUCUUCUCAAGGUUAAGUCAAUUAUAUUAAAGGCUUUCUUUUGCUAGUCUUCCAGAGGUUGUUGUUAUGCACAAUAAUAUAUAAAUGUAUGUUACAAGAAUAUACAUAGGCUUCAGUCUGUAAUAUCUCAGGAAGGAGUAUAUCCAAGCAUUCCUGUUGAGGACUUUGGCUUUUUAAAGUCAGUCUACAUAUGCACAAAUAUGAAACACACGUAGAAAAUGCACCAUAGAAUAUGAGGAUAUGUAAAAUAAAAAAAAAAAAAAAAAAAAAAAAAA